GUGGACAGCCAAACGGUGUGUCCGACCCGUGAAUGCGAGUGAAAACUAUGUCAACAAAACAUGCAAUCGAUAUGUGAUUCAAAUGUGUUUCACUCGUCGUUGUAAUAAUGCAUUGAUUUUGAAGUUUUGUAUUUAUUUUGGACACAAAAAGUCUAUUUAAUUGUCAAAUGCUGUCAUAAACUAUACAUUCAUUCAAAUGAGCGAUCAUUGCCUUUAAUUCACACGUGUUUUGUGUGUCCAUACGUUUGCCGCACUAAUCACUGCUCGUAAAAGUCUUGAUUUGUUUACCGCCGAAGAAUACACUCAUCGGACAGUAGUCGCGGACAUAAUCACCUCCUCGGAGGUCAUACAGACAUUCAGUGACACCACUCGACAUAUCAGUGGACAGACAGCUGUCGCUAACCACACAUCGAGACUGUUCUGGUCAUCGGACUAUCGCUGGUCGCGAGUCAUGUCUUCAACGACACCGCCGACGACAACACCGCCGAAGACAUCGCCUGCGAAGUCGUCGAUCACACCGUCGAUGACGACGACGCCGACCAUCAAAGCGGAAGCCAUUACCGCCGCCGCCAAAGACAAUGUCUCCCAGAAGUCGAUUCUGGAGGUGACGGACAGCGACAUCGACGAGGAGAUGGCGAAAGACAACAACAACUUGCAGUCGGAGACCAUCGACGGCUUCGACUUCGAUACGCCCGAAGAGUUUCUGUUAUACCACUCGCGCACCGGGAAUCUCAAAGUGGUCGAGAAGCUGAUCCUAUUGGCCACGAAGAAUGAGAUCGAAUUGGAUCUCAACUGCAAAGGCAAACAGAAGAGUAACUACGGGUGGAGUCCAUUACAUUUGGCCGCAUAUUUCGGACACUUCCAUGUCGUCGAAGAACUGCUUCAAAACAACGCGGACGUGAAUAUAGUGAACGAAUCGGGCGAUACGGCGCUCCAUAAGGCCGCCUACACGGGCCGGGAGGACAUAGUGGUGCGUCUCGUGGCCGCCAACGCCGACGUACUCAUCAUUAACGGCGACGGACUCACGCCCAGGGAGUUGGCCCGCAAGGAGUCCGUCAAACGGAUACUAUUAGCGGCGGAGGAGGCGGACGUGAAGCGCCGGGAGGAGCGGUAUCUGAGCGCCGCCCGCAACGGCGACGUCGACACUAUGCGCGCACUACUGGCCGACACCAACUCCCCGCUGAACGUUAACUGUCAGGACGUGUCGGGCAAUACGGCGCUCCACUGCGCCGCCUACAGGGGUCAGAAGGAGGUGGCGGUGUUUCUGCUCAAACAGGGCAUCGACGUCACCAUUAAGAACAAUAGGGGACAGUUGGCCGCGGCGUUGGCCCCGAACGUGCAGAUCAAGCAACUGCUACACGAAGUGCAGCCAAUCAGCGCCCAGUUGGCCGGCCUCAAGACCAAAGCGGUGAUGCGUUUCGAGGGGCCGUUACUCAAAAAAGGGCGGUUCCUGGGCUGGCGGCUCAUAUGGGCGGUGCUCGAGCGCGGGGUGUUCUCGUUCUUCGGGCGCCGGGCCGACGCGAGCACCGGUACCCGGCGUAAGGGCUACAAGUACUUGGAGAGCGCCAUAUGCGAGCCCCUGGAUAGCGGUAGGCCCGGCGCGGCCGACACCCAGUUUGUCAUAUACUUCAGCGACCGGUCGCGAGCGUUGCUGUCGAUCCCCUCCGGGGGUGAGGCGGUGCUGAGCGCGCCGGUGGCCGUCGAGCGCCAGAAGUGGGUGAACGCCAUUAACGAUCACAUCUAUUACGGCACGAAUUUCAUCAAACAAGGGAUGCGUAUCGACUGCGACUCGGACGAGGACGAGCUCCAGGAGCUGUUGCCUAGCAGUGGCAUACAGGCGCUCAUACAGACGGCCAACGCGCACCAGUCCAUACUGGAGCGGCACGUGAAGGCGCUGUUGCAGUUGAAUGAGGACAUCGUCAGCGCGGAGAAGCAGUUGAGUGCGUGUCAAACGAACGGGAGGGUGACGCCUACCGGUUCCCUCAACGAUAGUAUUGGUGGCAAUCGGCUGGAUACCAGUGCCGGGAACUCUAUUUAUUCCGAUAUCGUCGAGUCGACGCUGCCGUCCAUUAAGUUUCAUUUAAAUCUCAUUCUCGAGUCCUCAUCGAAUGCUACCGGCGCUCUAUCGCACUGUUUAGCCGUUCUCACCCAUCAGGACGAUGUGCGCCAAAUGCUGCUCAAACAGGAACAGGAGAAGGUACGGGUGCUGGAGGACGCCCUGCACGUGCUGGCCCGCGAGCACCACGACCUGGAACAGUCACUCGCCACGGCUGCCGGCGCUAACGGCUCGUUCAACGGCUCGUACUACCACUCGCCUCCCCGGGCGCAGUCCGUGUGCGGUAUGUCCGACGCUACCGGUGCCGAUGUGGACGAGUUUUUCGACGCUUUCGACGACUACCCGGACGACCAGAUGUCCGAUAAGACGCUGACGGGUAGUGGCGGUGGCGAUGAUGACGACGACAACACCCACGCCCUCGACUCGUACGCCACUAUGACCAGCGAAUACAUGACUCCCAUGGCGUCGAUGGCCGAGGAGUUGCGGCUGGAGGCCAGUGGGCAGUGCAGGUAAGGCCGCACCUAUUGUUUUGUUUAAUGGUUUAGUGGAUAAUUUGGUUGUUAAUGGGGUUUGAGAGGAAUAUUCUGUGAUUUUAGCCGAUUCUAGACGUUAUUCUAGUCUCCAUUCGUUAG